AUGGUGAACGAAAGUGGUGUCUCUUUCGGAUCUCACAGACCUGCUAUGCUUCCGAGUAUGCUUGGUUGGAUGGGAUUUUUUUGGUGGUUGAUGGUCUGCAACGGUCAUUUUUUUCACAAAAACCAUGAGCACCUACCCCGGAGACUGACUCGCUCAGCAAGCUCGGGCAUCAGCCAAAAUGAAGUGCAAUAUGUUGAGGAUCGAAAAAAGCACACGUCUACUGCAUUGCAUGAGUUCUUCAAGAAUUCCAACGUUGAUUUUGAUCCCAGUCUUUUCACAGAUUCGGUGGUUGGUCUAGCGUUCAGUGGGGGAGGCUAUCGUGCAAUGCUCACCGGGGCAGGCGAAGUCGCAGCCCUUGACGCAAGAACUAAAGGCAACAAUGGACACGGUCAUAUUGGAGGGCUUUUGCAGGGCUCAAGCUAUAUUACUGGUUUGUCCGGUGGUGGUUGGCUUCUGGGCUCCGUUUAUUUUCGAAACUUUAGCACCGUCGAGAAUAUUGUUAACGAAAAAGAUUUAUGGGAUUUGGAGAAGCCCCUAUUUGUGGCAGAGCAGGCAAAGGACUGUUUGUCAAAAAUUAAGCUUUACUGGAGACUUUACAAAAAUGUGUCUUGGAAAAAGUCGCAUGGGUACUCGGUCACUAUUACCGACCUAUGGGGGAGGUUUUUAUAUCGACAAUUAAUCGCUGGCUUUGGUGCCGACGAUAUUCUUGAUAAUAAUCCCCGGUUUUGGCGAUGGUCAGAUCUAAGACAUGAGCACUGGUAUACAGAAAGGCUGGCACCGUUUCCCAUUAUAACAGUCCUUAGCAGAGUCCCAGUUUACCGACCACCGCAUGAAGGGUCCGCUAUUAUUGAGAUAUCACCGUUGGAGAUUGGAUCUUACGACAAGGACGUGGACUCAUUUGUCGAUAUAGAGUACCUUGGGGUUAAGUUGAUAAACGGUAGGCCAGAUGAGAAAAACCCAAUAAUUGUUGGAUUGGAUGAAGCUGGGUUUUUGCUUGGAGCCUCAUCAUCUCUGUUUGAUCAGAUCUUCACGGGUAUAAUUGAGAAUCUGACCACGUCUAAAUCUCUGGCAAACUCUUUAAGGUGGGUGCUUCAGCAUACCGGGAUUAUGGGGCUACGAGAUGUCGCGGCUAUAUCUCCAAAUCCAUUUUUGGGGCUCUCACAUGUAGGAAAUGGAAAGGGGUCAGCUAUUAGCUCGUCAAGCACACUCUAUGUUGCGGACGGUGGUAGCAAUGGGUUAAACAUCCCCUUGCAGCCGUUACUAGAGCCAAGCAGAGAAGUCGAUGCUAUUAUCGCAUUCGAUAACAGUGGUGCUGAGCUCGAUGUUUCGUGGCCAGAUGGAAGCCCUAUGACGAAAUCCUACGAGCGCCAGUUUUUACUACCUGGUUCGCCGCCAAUGCCUUACGUACCCGACAAAGAAACUUUCGUUAAUUUGGGUCUGGCUUCUCGCCCUACGUUCUUUGGAUGCUACGCUCAAAAUCUGACCAAUUUACCAGGUGACAAUGUUCCACCGCUAAUUAUUUAUAUUCCUAACGCUGGGUACUCCACUUUCUCGAACACGUCAACGUUUCAGUUGGCAUACACCGACAAGAAAGUCAAAAAAAUGAUACAAAACGGCUACAACGUAGCGACAAGAGGUAAUGGGACUUUUGAUGAGGAGUGGGCAGCAUGCUUAGCUUGUGCCGUGAGCCAGCGGUCUCGUGAACGUCAGAAUCUGCCCCUGAGCGAGCAAUGUAAGCGCUGCUUUGAUCGCUAUUGUUGGAAUGGGGAAAUAGCUAGUGAUGGGGAGGAGGCUUUUCAAACUCUUAGAACAGACCGGUCAUUACUUCUUCAAAACUAG